AGUUUGGUGUCAAGAAACGCAAAUGAAAAAUCUGAAAGGCCGAAAGAUUUUCUUAGGGAGAUUUUCUUAUGUGUAAGAAACGUUUAGACCUAUUUAUAAUUGGGCCGAAUAAAGCCCAGCCCGUUCGAAACAACACAACGUUGUUUCCCCUAGUAAUAAGAAGAGCUUCUCUUCGACCAGCCGGCUACUGUCUUUCUUCCUCAUCACCGACUCUAUCGCCGCCGCGUACUGAAACAAAUCGUCUCUCUCUCUCUCUUGUUUCGUACUCGACAAUGGUGAGCCAAAGACAAAGACUUGCGCGUAAGAGGUACAAGGAAGCUCACCCAGAGCAGUUUCCAAAACCAGAACCAACACCUCCAAAGGAUCCAAACAAGAAGAAGAAGAAGAAGAGCUUGUUCAAGAAAAAGAAACCUACCUCUUCCACGGACAGAAGAGGCUCCUCGUCCACGAGGCAUCCUCUCCGUGUCCCUGGUAUGAAACCUGGGGAAGGCUGUUAUAUCUGCAAGUCCAAAACUCAUAUCGCUAAGCUCUGUCCCGAGAAGUCUGAGUGGGAGAGAAACAAGAUAUGCUUGCAAUGUAGAAGGCGAGGGCAUAGUCUUAAAAACUGUCCGGACAAGAGCGAUGAGAGCAGCUUCGAGAAGAAGCUGUGUUACAACUGUGGUGAUACUGGCCAUUCACUUUCUCAUUGUCCUAAUCCUUUGGUAGAUGGAGGGACGAAGUUUGCAAGUUGUUUCAUAUGCAAGGGACAAGGUCACAUAAGUAAGAACUGCCCUCAAAACAAGCAUGGAGUCUAUCCGAUGGGUGGGUGUUGUAAAGUGUGUGGUAGCGUGGCGCAUCUCGUCAAAGACUGCCCUGAUAAACUCGAGAGAGACUCUGCUCCAGCUAAGAGACCAAGGUUCGAUGCUACACCAAGAGGCAAACUCACUAAGUUCAGUGGGGACGAUCUUGAGGAUGAUUUCUAUGAAGAGCCGAAAAGUAGCAAGAAUGUGAAGACCUCUGAUGAUUUAGACCAAAAGAGCAUCCCGGAAAAGAAGCAACAAGGUCCAAAGGUUGUCAAUUUCUUUGGAUGAGACAAGAGGAUCUAAAGGGUCUUGUCAGUUUUGUAGGAAAUAUCAGAUUUUUGUUGUUCUCUAUCUGCCUCUAGAGUUUGUGCAAGGACAAUUUGCUAUUUAUGUCGUGUAAUGGAACCACAAUGCUACAUCUGUUUCAGAUAAUCUCUACAAACCAAGCAAACCUCAAGUUGUUUUGUCAAUCAAAUGCUAGACAUAGGGGCUGUUUGUUUCUCCA